AUGUCCACUACAGAAAACAUCCACAUAGUCCUAAACGGACCCAAAGACUGGGACGAAUGGUACGGGAUGAUCGUGAGAUUUGCCAAAAGCCGCAACAUCUUCCCCAACAUCGAUAUAACUAUCCCACCAGAAGACCACCCCGAACUAGAAGAACCAGCCAUGCCACAACCCCGCCACUUCCGUGCUCCAGACACGCCCAACACCCAAGGAACCACAGACACCCUACAAUCAGAAAACGCCUACCAAUACGACCUCUGUCUCCUCUCCCCUCCAGAACUAAAAUCCUUUAAAAUGGCCUGGAAGAUGUGGGAGUACAGAAUGACCGAAUUCCACGAGAAGCAGAGGGCUUUACAUAGCUUGGGUAUGGAAAUGCGAGCUUCUAUAAAGAAUUUUUUGAGGCUGUUUUAUGCGCCGAAGGAUGGGCCGUAUGAGAUAUUAAGAAAAUUACAACGUAAUUGUGAGGCGACGGAGAGGGAGAGGAGGGAUAUUGCGGUGAGAGAUGAGGAGAUCUUAGAGCGGGGUUUGAGGGCGGCGGGGUUGCAUGUGGUGAGGGAUAGGAUUAAUCGACGGCCGCUUUAUUCGGAAAAGUAUUCGGAAAAGUAA